GUGUCACUGAAGGAUGUCACUGUGGACUUCACUGAGGAAGAGUGGCAGCAACUGGACACAGCCCAAAAGGCCCUCUACAGGGAUGUGAUGUUGGAAAACUAUUGCCACAAGAAAACUGGAAAGCUGAAGACUUUUUAAUGAAAUUCAAGGAACACCAAGAUAAGUAUUCUAGAUCAGUCGCAUGUAUUAACCACAAAAAACUGAUAAAGCAGAACAGUAGUAUAUGUGAAAAGACCUUUACCCUAGUCAAAAAGCCUGUUAAUCCAAAAAAUCUAACUCCUAAAUAUGACACUCAUGGAAAGACUUUGGAAAAUGUCUCAGAAUUAAUAAUCAAUAAUCUAAGUCCUGCAAGAAAAAGACUUAAUGAGUAUAAUGAAUUUGGGAAAUCAUUUCUUAAUACUAAGCAAGAAACAGCUCAUCCUGAAAUCAAAUCCUGUAAUCAGAGUGGUAGAGUUUUUAGUCACAGUGAUGUGAUUAUGCAGUAUCAGAAGAUGGUAACACCAACACAGUCGUUUGCAUAUAAUGACUGUGAAAAGCCAUUCCUUAAAAAGGGAGGCUUAAUUAUACCUAAUAGAGUAUGUAGAGGGGAAAACCCAUCUGUAUAUAAUAAAAAGAGAAGAGCAACCAAUAUUGAAAAAAAACAUACCUGCCCUGAAUGUGGGAAAUCUUUCUGCAGGAAGUCAGUAUUAAUACUUCAUCAGGGAAUUCACACAGAGGAAAAACCCUAUCAAUGUCCUGAGUGUGGAAAUGCAUUUAGAAGGAAGUCAUAUCUCAUUGACCAUCAAAGAACUCACACAGGAGAGAAGCCCUUUGUUUGUAAUGAAUGUGGUAAGUCCUUUCGCCUAAAGACAGCCCUCAAUGAUCAUCAGAGAACACACACAGGAGAGAAGUCCUAUGAGUGUCCACAGUGUAGGAAUGCCUUCAGAUUGAAGUCACACCUCAUUCGUCAUCAGAGAACACACACAGGAGAGAGACCAUAUGUGUGUAAUGACUGUGGGAAGUCCUUCCGCCAGAAGACAACUCUCUCUUUACAUCAAAGAAUUCAUACAGGGGAGAAACCUUAUAUUUGCAAAGAAUGUGGGAAGUCCUUUCACCAGAAGGCAAACCUUACUGUACACCAGAGGACUCAUACAGGAGAGAAACCUUAUAUUUGUAGUGAAUGUGGGAAAUCCUUCUCCCAGAAGACAACCCUCGCUCUUCAUGAGAAAACUCAUAAUGAGGAGAAACCCUAUAUUUGUAGUGAGUGUGGAAAAUCCUUCCGCCAGAAGACAACCCUUGUAGCCCAUCAGCGAACACACACAGGAGAGAAAUCCUAUGAGUGUCCUCACUGUGGAAAAGCCUUCAGGAUGAAGUCAUACCUCAUUGAUCACCACAGAACUCAUACAGGAGAAAAACCCUAUGAAUGUAAUGAAUGUGGGAAAUCCUUCAGUCAAAAGACAAAUCUCAAUCUACACCAGAGAAUUCAUACAGGGGAGAAACCCUACAUCUGUAAUGAAUGUGGGAAGUCCUUUCGCCAGAAGGCAACCCUCACAGUACAUCAGAAAAUACAUACAGGGCAGAAAUCCUAUGAAUGUCCUCAGUGUGGGAAAGCCUUUAGCAGGAAGUCGUAUCUGAUUCAUCAUCAAAGAACUCACACAGGAGAGAAACCAUAUAAAUGUAAUGAAUGUGGAAAGUGUUUUCGACAGAAGACAAAUCUAAUUGUUCAUCAAAGAACUCACACAGGUGAAAAACCUUAUGUUUGUAAUGAGUGUGGUAAAUCCUUCAGUUAUAAGAGAAAUCUGAUUGUCCAUCAGAGAACUCAUAAGGGAGAAAACUUGGAAAUGUAAUAGAUGAAGUGAUUUCUUUGUGAACACUUUCCAAGCUAUUGUAAUCCUUUAGUUUUAGAAAGAAAAGUAUGCUUAAACAUGUUCAUGUGAUUUUAAUCACAAAUGUAGUAAUAGUUAUUAAAGUCUCAUACUACAUAACUAUUUAUUGUUUCCAAGCAUAAGAAAAGGAUUUGAUCAUUGUUAUUGAACUCAGUCAUCUAUAAAGCUAAAGUGUUUAGCUGCUCCUGCUGACUCAAAUGCUUUAUUAAAAAAUAUUUAUAUAAUGUAUUCAUGCAAAAGUUACAAAAUUAUCAGAAUUAAGCUCUAGAAGAGAAAAAACUAGGAACUCUAAUCCUCAUUGCAUUGUGUAUAAUAAAGCAUAAUUAGUUGUUCCUUCCCCAAAGAUGACUCCUUCCCUGACUUACAGUUUUUGCAUGUUUUUAAACUUUAUAUAUUUUUUAACAGACAUCAUGAAUUCUUUUCUGUCCUCCUUUAUUUCACUGAACAUUUUAAAGAUUUGUACAUUACUGCAUAUGGCAGUAGUGUAUUCAUUUUCUAUACUAUUCCAUUUUAAGAAUAUACUCCUAUUUAUCCUAUAGAUGGAUAUUUGUAUUUUUUAUAAUUUUGUGUUAAAAUAUUGCUAUAAAUAUUCUUGGUUAUGUC